GUGGUGUAUUUGCAUGUGUGCGUCCGCACGCACACAGGCGCGGCUACUUGUAAUGUACAAUUACGAGUAAUAAACGAGCAUCUAUCAGAGCCGGUUGUUUCACUUAAGUACUUGCAUAUACCUCACUGGCGACGAUCCGCGUCUUAACCGCGUGUGUAUUUAGAAAUAACCGUUGUAAUGGCUACUAAAACUUCUAUCGGAAAUUUAAGUCAGUUUGACCCUAAUACCCAAGAAUGGGAAAUUUUCAGUAGUCGUUUGAAGCAGUUCAUCGUUUUAAACGAAAUUAAAGAUGAGAUGAAACAGGCAGUGCUACUGACACACCUGCAUGACGAUACAUACCGGUUAUUGAAGAACCUUGUGUACCCAAAAAAGGUAGAAGUCGUUGGGUACGACGAGCUGUUGAAGGUGCUCGACGGUCAUUUUACUCCGAAGAGGUGUACCUUCGCUGAUGGGCAUUUCUCAGGAGGGCCAUUUUUACGUAGCAAAUUCUACGAGGCAACGCGUGACGUGGGGGAGAGUGUCGAGAAGUGGGCGGCUAGGAUCAGAGGACUCGCCGUGCACUGCGAGUUUGGAACCUCGCUGGACAUGCUGCUGCUGGACAAGUUCGUGCUGGGACUACGCGCCGGCAAGGAGCGCGAGCGACUCUUCGAGCAGGACGUCACCACGCUCACGCUGGCGAAGGCGAUGGAGCUGGCACAGCAGACGGAGCCGAUGAGUAUUACGAUACAGGGCUCUCUGGGGAGGAGGAGGAAGUAGAGGAGCGUGAGGGGUCGCGCGCGCCGGCCGCGGAGGUGCCGGAGUGCGCGGUGGCACCUGCCGCGGAGGAGACGCCCGCGCCCGCCAUCACUGCCGACGCGCGGUUGCCGCCGCCGCUUCCGACAAUUACUAGACCGAAUUUAAGGCCUACAGAUAAAAAGAUUAGUUAUAAGAGUUAAUGUUAUUAUUUUGUGUGUGUUAGUUAUUAUACUUAUUAGGUAGUAUUAAAUACUGAUGUAUUGUUUAUUCUAUUGGCAGGUCUUACAAUUAACGGUGGAGAAAUGUGGUGUAUUUGCAUGUGUGCGUCCGCACGCACACAGGCGCGGCUACUUGUAAUGUACAAUUACGUGUAAUAAACGAGCAUCUAUCAGA